AUGCUCAUCCCCUUUGUUGGUCUCUAUGUUUCCUUUAUGAUGAACUGGUCUCCCGAGAAGGCAGGUUACACGGCUGGAUGCCUGGUGGGUCUCUUUAUGCUUGGACAAGUCAUUAGUGGGAAGCACUGGGGGUAUAUCAGUGAGACUUUUGGACGUAAAUUCGCCAUCGUGAUCGGGGUCACUUGCUGCGCGGUCUCAAUGUUCUUCUUUGGCCUGUGCUCGAAUAUCUACAUGUGCGCCUUUUGGCGCCUUGCGCAUGGCAUCAUGGCGGGGUGCUCGUUGGCCGCUAAGGCCGUCAUUGCCGAUGUUACAGAUUACACCAACCAGUCCAGCGGGUUCGCGCUCGUUAGCCUGACUUGGGGUGUGGGCACACUGAUCGGACCGACGGUCGGGGGUCUUUUUUAUGAUCCCGCUCAUCAAGGUUGGCUUUCGUUUUUGAGUUGGAACAAAAAAGGCUUCUGGGCGAUGCAUCCGGCUUUUCUGCCUAGUCUCAUUGCCGCUACAUACAAUUCUGUGGCGAUUGUCGUCUGUGUUUUGUUUCUUGAGGAGACAAAUAAGGACGCAAAACCUCUUCGCACAAAACUUCCUUCUAAAAUUGAGACCCCUCUACGACCCUAUUUUCGCUACCUACAGCCGAAGGUCAUUGUGGAGAAGGAUCCGUUGAUGAAUAGCACACGUGCCACAGGUGCUGUGGUUGUGGACCCAGACUUGCCUGAUCCAACGGUAACCAAAGAGGAUCAUACAGAGCACGGUUUCAGUAUCACUUUAGCCCUGAAUAAGCUAGCAAACGAUUUUUUUCAUAGGGCAUAUCCCUUAGCGGAGACCGGAGAUGGCCGUCGUAACGAUGCCGACUGUACUAAAUCCGUCGUAAUACAUGGCGAAGAAGAUACCUUUGAUCAUCCAUCAGAUGAAAUACUCGAAAUGUUGUCGAUGGAAUCACUAGAUCGUAAUGCUAAACGGAAGUCCUUUGGUUAUAAGCAAGCUUUUUCACACCCCUUGACACGAGGUGUAUGCAUUAUAGCGAUGCUUAUAUGUGGGUCCGAUAUGAUCUUCGCAGAGGUCUUUCCAUUAUGGACAAUCGCUCCAAGGAAAAAUGGUGGGCUGAAUCUCUCCUCUGGUAAUGUUGGCCUAUUAAUUCUUGUCAAUAGUGUGCCCGCGGUUAUUUCAAAUGUGUACUUCUCUAAAGUUCUUUCACUCUUUCAGAAUCCGAUGGUAUUUUGGUCCUUGUCCCAGACGGCCUAUGGUUCCAUAAAUUUGCUGUUUCCUUUUGUGAUUAAUCUUUCCGAAACGAAUGCGUUUUGGUGCACGAUGGCGCUCGGCUUGGUACGAAAGGCUUUAGAGUCAUGGACCUUCGCCACGCUCAUGCUUGUCGUUGCACGGUCUGCUCCACAGGGUUAUGUGAGUAUCAUGUACGGCAUUCAGCAAAGUGUUUCCUGCAUCGUUCGCUGCAUUGUCCCGUUCACAUUUGCGCCCUUAUUCGCGUGGUCCAUCUCGGAGCCACACGUUUUCCCUUUCAACCACCAUUUUACUUUCACUUUAUCCCUCAUCCCAUUAUUGGUUAGUGCAGUCUUUACCCUUAAGCUGAAAUUGCCUGAUCCACCCACCGAGGAUAAUAAAAAUAUAGUCGAGCAGUCGCAUCAGGAAAACCUUGAUCACGCCGCGGACGCCCCGAAGCAUGAAAAAGAGGUACCCGAACAGGUAGCCCAACCUAUCUCUUGGGUCGCAGAGCUCUACGGUGACGAAGGCAACAAUUUACUCGCUAAUAAUUCGUUUGUCGUUCUUUCCAGCUCCUUUGCGAACCCGGUAGAUGGUAUCUUAUCGCGUUCUGCGACCGUUGCUGAUGUUGCUAUUGACGGGGAAUCUUCAGAUUUGUUAUCUAACUUUCAAGUAUCUGAUCGUGAAAAUGGCUUUGUCGAUCGAAAGCAUUUUUUUACUGCUGAAUCUACAACAAAUGGGGGAUCUAUUGAAGUAAAUCAUCGGGCCUUGUUUGAUGAACGAGACCCUGGAUCUGAUACGUCUAAAACAAGCGGUACGUCUUCGGGGGAUAUUACAAAUCGCACUGAAAGCAUGAUCACAUGUAUCUUUCCACCAACAAACAGGUUGAGUACUAAUCAUGUUCACCAAGAGGAUACAUGCAAACCAGCUGAUGAGUUGUCUAACCCAGACUAA